CUCUGUAUUGGUUCUUUGUGGUUAAAAAUUUUUCGGAACAUAAUAUUGUAUUUUAUGUAAAACACUAUACAUAAUAAUCGUGAUGACAGUUAGUUGUAACAAAGUUUAACUUAAGUACAUUUGUGUACAAAAUGUUACGCGAAUUGUCUGCAAAAUAUACAUGCUUAAUUGUAUUUUAGCAUUCAAUAAGUUUCUUGUAUGUACGUGCUGUGUAGUGCAGCUAGAGACGCUGGCCUGUCUCUGUUGCUGCGUACACAACAUGAAGGGACGACACUAUGUCGACAGCAAUCGCAAUUAGAAAAGUAGCCAUCAUCAGAGCCGGAUGCAUCGGAUGAAGAAAAGGUUUGCUGUAGCAGCUCGUCGUGAGGCGUAUAAUGGACAUCGAUCAUUUAUAUUCUUAAGGAACUGCUGCUGAACCAUUGCUACAAAUCAAAAUCGAAACGGCUUUGGCUGGAAGGAAGCCCAUUGCAAGUGACGACGACGACAUGGACAGCGCUAAAUUAAAGACUGCCUCUCCGUCUGCGUCUGGCGGCAACAACAACAAUAACAGCAACAACAACAAUAACAAUAUUAAUGGAUCCGGAGGUGGAGUAGCGCAAGUGACGACGCACGUUGCGCUGCAGGAUCAUAUCGCAGGAUCCGUUAAGACGAAACCCCAAGACGACAAAAGUGAAAAGCCACUGGGCGCAGUUAGUGGCCUGCCACCAGUAGCCAGUAGUCAGAAUAGUGCCACGAAAAGUACUAAUCCUGCUACUCCCGGUCCUGCUCCUGGUGUCGUGGUACUAAAUCUUCCCCCGCCCACUGCCUCCGCCUCUGCUUCUGCCUCCGCCUCUGUCACCAUUCAAGCCAAUGCAGAAAUCACCGAACAGUCAGCAGAACCAAUAAUUACCGUUGCCGGAGCAGCAGCAUUGGGAGCAUCUGAUUUGGAUUCAUCGGCAUCUACGCUAGAGCCAGCCUGUUCGGAAACAGCUUCGAUGAGACCCAACAAUAAUACAUGUGACUUUGAUUCUGAUACGGAACUAUCGAUAGUGGCCGCCGCGGCGGCAGCUGUCUCAGCGUCGUCAGCCAUCAUCGUCUCGUCGUCGAGGUCUCCUCCCACAUCACGGCCUGCAUCAGCAUCCCUUAUUUUACCGGCACUGAGUCCCAGUGUAGCCAACGCUGGGGCAGCAGCAGCAGCUGUAUCCUCUUUGUCGGCUAUGACGGGAAAUCAACAGCAGAUUCAGGCCGGAUUUGGAGGAGGAGCUGGAGCAGGAGUGGGUGUUGGCAGCACGAAUGGUCACAGUAGCAAUAGCACUCACCUGAGUCUAAAUGCAAAGCAACAGCGUCAGCAGAAACGUCGACGGGAACGUGCGCAACGUUUGCAAGCAGAACGCGACAGUCGAUGUAAUUCCAGUGCACUGAAUGGCACAUUCAUUGCUGGAUCUGUGGGAGUCAGCAGUAGUGGCGGCAGCGGCAGUGCUGUAGGAGCUGCCAGUGCAGCUCAAGGAGGCCUAGUUACGCCUGUCGGCGGCGGUGGCUCGUCGUCGUCUGUGGUGGUAAUGGGCAAUGGAUCAGGGACAGUAGCCGGCAACGGCAACGGGAUGAUUUAUCACAUUAACAGCGCUGGCAGCAUGGGCGAGGAUAGUAACAAUUCGAACGGCAACUUCACCAGCAGCAGCAACGGCAGCAAUAAUCUCCUGCCGCCAACAGAUAGUAUUGCUUCGUUGCUCCUCAACCCGCCACUCCCCGAGUGUAACUCAGGACUAAUGGCCACGCCCAGUGAUAGUGAGGGUGAGUCAUUAGACGAGGAUCUACUCUCCACAUCGUCGUCGUCGACGCUUCUAUUGCCUCGCGAUAAGCCACCGCCGCGACCGCCACCUCCAGUUCGAAGGAAACUGCCUCGAUCUCCGGUGCUGGAAGAGGAAAUAAUCGAUGGCUUUGCUAUAUUGGAAUUCAAGACAUAUGAAGAUCUCGAGUUUGCCAUCAAAUUGGGGCAGAAGCGUAAGGAGAAGCGCCUGUCGGCCCUCGAGGAGCUAACGUGUACCUAUAGCAUAGAGGAAAUGAAAAUUCCAAAGGUCAUUGAUACGGGCCAAUCGUCGCAUCCGAUGCGUGUCUCCAGUCUAUCCACAUUGUCUAUUGUUGGCAGUACGAACAACAAUAGUUUAAAGGAAGUCUCUACCCAGCCACCAAAUCGUCAUAAUCCUGUUAAUAUCAGCAGCAAUGGGUCCGCCACUUUAAACAGUAAGAACGACACCGGCAGCAAUGUUGUUUAUAUGCUGCCAUCUGCGGCCUUGGAGACGGAAGCAGAACCUCGAGCACACUGGCGAUCUGAAUACGGACAGCAGCAGCAGCCGCAACAGCAGCAGCAGCAGGUACAGCAAACGCAACAGCUGCUGCAACAGGAGCAGCAGCAGCAACAGCAAUGCGACAAAAGUAAAAGUAAUGUCAUCAGUAAUGAUGUUCAAAUGAAGAAUAAUCACCAAAUAAUAAGUCAACCCGGCAACAAGAAAACGGAUGGAGCGGUAACAAUUGAACCAAGCACUGACACUAACUUUCUGGAGAAUAAUGGCCACGACAACGAUUCCCUAAUGCUGGAUAUAACCCUGACGCCAGCAUUAGCUGGUGGUGGUGCUGCUACUGCUGCGACCGAGCACAUGGAGGUGGGGGCCAUAAAUGUCAAUAAUAAAUCGCACAAUUCAAUUCCCAAGAGUAGCAGCAGUUCGAGUGAUCCAAAAUCGCUGCCCCAACUCCAGCUAAAUAGUUUAAUAUCCAGGGAUCUUACUGCGGGAGUAGUAGGAGUGCAUAAUAAUCACCUGAUGAGUAUUGGCUGCAAAGCGGCGGCUACAUCAGAGCACACGACAGUUAAACAGAAAUUGAACAGUUUGGAGAGUAUGGAAAUCGUCACACCGUCGGCCGCCGUGUGCCGCUCUUUGGAUGUCCAGGAACUAGCCAAUGGCUCAGCGCAGGUCGUUGGUGCCAGUGGCAGCGGUAGCAAUAGCAAUAGCAGCGGGAACAGUGCGAAAAAGAGUAGUGGCGAGCCAAGUGAUCUUUUGAAUGAUACUUCAAAGAAUGGUAGCAGUACCGGAAGCAAAGUGAAUAAUAUCAAUACUGAGAAAAUGUUCGAUAUUAUGGACUAUCCCACAACGACGACAACUUUGCAUAUUUCGAAUAAUGCCUCAUCGGUUCAAGAUCGAUCAGCUGCCGCCGCCGCUGAACUGCCGCACUUUAAGGGCAUUAUGUCUUUGGCCGCCGCUGGAGACAAUAAUAAUGUCACAUUUUCGGGAGUGCCUUCGUUUUCUACGCCCUCAUCCACGUUACCCGUGCCUGCCGCAUCGGGUAUGGAGACGGAUGCCAUGAAGUGUACGACGACAGCUUUAAAUGAGAGUGCACAAGCCAACAUGGCAGCCGUUUCAACGAAAGCCGAAGGUGAAAGUGGAAAAAGGGAACCGCCCGGUAGUAUUUUACAGAAAUCUACAGCCGACAAGCCGCUGCUUUAUUCUGCUACCCUUGGCUCUUCUGCUGUGACCACACAAUUCACCGGCGCUGGAAUCGUACCCUUUGGGAAUGAUAAAAAUGUGGUAUCAGUCUCAGGUCCAGCAGCAGUUGAAAAUGAUCAAAAGGUGGCUUUUGGUGCCACCAAGCCGGCAGCCAGUUCAGUUUUAAACGGCUUGCCAUCGGGAUCAGGAGGAGGGCCGCGUCCCCUAGUGCCGCAGUCGCCGGUGGCUGUCACAACACCGUCACCGUCACCAUUCAGCGCACGAGGAUUGGCGACUUCGAGUGUGAUUCUGGCAGGCAGCAACACAAGAACCAGCAGUGGCUCUGAACCUUUGGCCGUGGCCACAGAAAUAGCAAAGAAUCAAAGUACGGUUCUGGCAUCCUGCUCCUCCUCAUCUUCCUCAACAACAGCAGCAGCAGCGUCAGCGGCGAGCAGCAAUGCAGCUUUAGUCAAUGGUUUUCUUUCUGUUUACCCGCCUGCCACAAGCACCACAGUAAUUGCUAGCAGUACGAUGCCGCGUGCUUCGCCGACCCAUAAUAACAACAAAUUGAUGUCACCAGCAGCAGCGGUAGUGGCAGCGGGAGCACCUGGCGUAGUCUCAACAACUGCAUCCACUGCUGCUUCUGGCAUGGGGAAGAUGAUGUUUGGCAGCGGAAGUACACCAGCACCAGGCUCGUCACCGUUGCUCUUCUCAGGAGCGGGACAACCCAUGCCCAUGCUAAUACAGGCUCCACCUCCGUACCGUACUCCGUACGCCAACUACCCGCUGUUCACCCCAUACAGCAGUCUGACCACGCACGGAUCGUACCUGCCGCCUGUAUUGCCGAUAGUUGCCACGCCCAACAUACCGCCGCCGCCCUCGCCUUCGCAUCAUAUUCGUAGCUCGGAGGUCGGCCGUAGCAGCAGCCGCGAGUCGCCAUCGGCGGCUGGGUUAAUGAAGGCAAGCCAGUCGGUUCUACAAAACGUAUCGAUGGCAGCGCCGCCCGCCAUGUUGCGCUCCAUGACGCCGAUCAGCAGUGGAAGUAACAGCAACAGUACCUCUCAGCCCAUCGCAAGUGUCGUCACCACGAGCAGUGCCGGAAGCUUCCUCUCUUCAACAACCGCCCUGCCGCCCAGUCAUUCACAUAAUAUUCUAUCUCAUUCCCACAAUAUGCCUGUCUACGGGACAAGCAGCAGUGCCGCAACAGCAGCAUCAGCAGCAGCUGCUUCUUCGCAAACGCUUCCUCCCCCAAUAUCUGCCCAAAUACUGGCACAACCCGGGAACUUUUCAUCGCUGUCCCAUCAUCUGCUGUCCACUCACCCAGCAGCAGCGCAGCAUCAACCUAUAGUACGUUAUUCAUCAUCAUCAUCAUCAUCUGCCGCUGGCGCUGCUGCUGCUGGCUCCAACUUCAACUCCCCCUCAAUCCUCACCGUCCAAAGUUUAACGACAGCGGUAACGUCGUCGUCGAGUUUGUCAUCCUUAUCGACGACCUCGUCGUCAUCAUCAUCGUCAUCUGUGAUCCAAAAGAUUAUUUCGCCCAAAGGUGAAAGUCCCAGCAAUAAGGAUCGGGAUUCUAGUCACGGCAAUCCAAGCAUGAGGUCCUCCCACGUGGCAUCAACUUUGCUGCCUGUGGUGUCGUCGCAUGGCAUCGGAGUGGGCUCUGCUGGCCCAUUUUGUGGCAUACCAUCGAGCCAAUAUGGAGGCACGCCGGUCUUGCCCUCGAAUGCAUCCAUGAUGACCAGCAUGGGAAUGGGAAUGGGGAGCCUGUCGUCUUAUCCAUCAAAGGCAGCGCUAUGGCUCAACUCCCCCGCCAAUGGUAUGGUGACAUCCUGUGCUGCUUCCUCAGCGCCCAUAGUAUCCAGUGGCAGCAGUACUCGACCAACGCCACCGCUUCUUAACUGCACUCCGAGCAUGGGAAUGGCAAUUGGCAUGGGAGCGGGUCUGUCUGCGGCGAGAAGUUCUUGCAAUACGAUAUCGCCCCACCCUUCCAUUCCCUCAACUGCCAACCCGUCGCCGUACUUCCCAGCAUCUAUGCCACAGCCACAAUCAUCGCCAUCGCCUGCCGCCAUAUCUUCAACAAGCUCUUCGGCCUCGCAAUUGCCGAUGGUGUCGCACGCUAUGAGCAGUAUUGUGACAACCGCAGCGGUCACCACGCCCACCACGUCCACCGCCUCAUCCGUGGUACAACAGCCGGCGGUAGGGAGCAGUGCCAGUACAAGCACGUCGGCACAUCCCUUUUCCGCCGAAUCUCUGUUCCAGCCAAGCAAAAACGAUCAAGCCGAUUUGCUUCGACGCGAACUGGACAGCAGGUUCCUGGAUCGUUCGGGAUUAUCGGUGGCGGCUCCCACGCCGCCUUCGUCGACAUAUUUACGGCCGCCCGACCUGCAGCAGCCACAGCAGCAGACGCCGCAUCAUCAUCAUCAGCACCAGCACACACAUCUGCAUCAGCACCAGCAGCUAUUGCCACCGCCGCCGGCAUCGGCAGCAGCUGGCUCGACUGUACAACCAAAUCCGGGACAAAUCUUUCCACCGCCGCUAUUCAAGGACAUUUCGAAAAUGUCGGCCGUGGAUCCGCAAUUCUAUCGCUCUGCGGGAGGCAUGGGAUUGCCACCCGGAGGAGGCUACGCGGGAUAUGCAGCGACCGGGCUCUUGCACAGUGGAUUGGGAGGGCCAACGCCGUUUAUGCCGCCCAACCAUUUAACAUCUUUUGCGCCCAAGAAAACUGGUCGUUGGAAUGCCAUGCAUGUUCGCAUUGCGUGGGAAAUAUAUUAUCACCAAAACAAGCAAAGCUCGGACAAAUCCGGAGGCUGUCCUCCAGCGUCUUCUAGUCUUCUUGGCAACAAUAGUUCCAGCGUGAACCCAGCAUCAUCUGCGAUUAACGCACCAAUUGCUGCCGGCAACCUGCUUAGCAGCGGAGGCGGAGGAAGCGUUAGUGGUGGAGCCAACACACCAGUUAGUAAUGUUGCCGCUGGCCCAGCUGUUGGCAGUGGUGGUGGUAGUGGUAGUGGUGGUGUCGUUGUGCCUAAUGGACAGGCUUCAGCCUCGGCCAUUGGUAUUAAGACGACGCCAGCGUUAUCUAUAAAUACAACACCGCAGCAUCUCCUGCAUCGCGCGAACGAAAUGCCGCCCGCGGCCGCAUUCGCCAGUGCUUUGCCUGGUCGAUCUCCGUUUGAAGCCUCUCCCUUGGCAGCGAGCUUCAUUGGUGCGCCACCUAGUCAUAUUGGAACAGCUGUGUCUCAGUUCGGACGCUACGUGACUCCUUUUGGAUUUACAGGCCUAACGCAUUUCGGUGGACAUUUGGACUCGUGGAGGACAAAUGCCAUGCAACGGAGUGUCGCCUAUCAUCCAUCGAGUGCUCUAGCUUCCCCAAACUGGCCCAUAAAGGCGGAUCCCGGCCUGGACAAUGCCCGUCGCGAGGCCGAGGAACGUGAACGAGAAUUACGUGAGCGUGAGCAGCGGGAGCGUGACCGGCAGCGUCGCGAGAGAGAGGAGCGUGAGCGAAAGGAGAAGGAAGAGAAACUUAAACGAGAGCACCAGGAGCGGGAGAGAGAACGUGAGCGUGAUCGAAAGGAACGGGAGCGGGAGCGAAGGGAGAUAGAGCGUCGUGAGAUGGAACGGGAGCGGCUCCUACAGCAGCAACGUAUAAAUGAAAGCAACAAGCAAGCAGCGGCGGCACAAGCGGCGGCGGCUGCUGCCUCUGCAGCACCUGUGCGUGACCGGUCGCCGCAUCGAAACGUCGGCGAACUGAAUGCGGAAAUUCGCAUAAAAGAGGAGCAUCCGCGACCAACAAAGGACGAACAGGAUGUAAUGCUUAUGCGAGCCUCGGCCGCGGCUGUCGCUGUAGGCGGAGAUCCGCGCUAUCACUCAUCCUCGCUGGCAGCUGCCCAGGCCAAUGCCGCCGCGGCAGCUGCCCAUCACCAUCAUCAUGCUAACUUCAUGGCCGCCAGUCGACAUGGAUUGGCACCGCCUCCGCCAUCGCAUUUGGCCCGCACAAUGAUGCCGCCCACCCUAAGCGUUGGCGGGCCCAUCACGCACUUCAGUGCCCCCGCUCCACCCGGCUGGGGCAUAGAUCCCUACCGUGACCCCUACCCCAUCCUGCGCUACAAUCCCAUCAUGGAGGCGGCCCUGCGUCACGAAGCGGAGGAGCGACAAAAGGCUAUCAAUAUAUAUGCCGCCCAAUCCGCUGCCCAUUUGCGAGGCAAGGAGCCGAGCCCCAUUCCGCCGCCGCCAGUGGGUGUGGGUUCUUUGGGUCCACCGCCGCCCCAUCACCGCCUGCAGAUCGUUUCGCCUCAAAGUCAACCACAACAGCAGCCCCAACAGCUACAGCAAACCGCUGGAAAGACGAACUCUGGACCAUCGUCGGGGGCGGGGCCACCGCCACCACCAAUCGUAGGCAUUCCAGUCCAGCACAUGAUGAGCGUUGAUGCGUUAAGCCAACAGCAGCAGCAACAAGGAGUAGUUAACCCGAAAAAGGAAUCUGUCGACCACACAACGUCCAUGGGGGGCUUAGUGGUUGGCGGUGCUGCCGGAGGAGGAGGUGGAGGCGGAGGAGGUGGUGGUCUCAGUACAGUAGUACCUGGUGGUGUAAUAGGAAUAUCUCCAGUGUCAUCAGUGGCGCCAAGUCGAUGAUAAGCAAAUUAUUAACGCUGCUUCUAGCCUCUAUAUAAGUAAUAAUAACAGUACUAGCGAAUAAGACGCAGAGGAAAUUUUCAAAAUUUCAAGCACACCCCCAUCUGUAGGGAUAAAUCUGGUAGAAGAUACACUUCGAUGAUUUUACAGGUAAACACAUCGAUGAUCAGCUCUACCUGUGCACAUCCCGAUUCCUGAUUCCCCUUCCUCUCCUCCUUCCUUGUUUCCACUAUACCCCUCCUCCUUUUCCUUCUCCUCGCAGCCAGAGAGAACACCAAUAAAUAAAUAAAGCGAAACGCUUUUGUAAACUACAUUUAAAUAAAAUACAACGUUUGAGUGCAGUAUUUGUAUUGCCAACGUGAGGGAAGUCAAAAGAGAAGUAAGAAACUAUGAAUAGAGAAAGUGAGAGAGAGAAAUUAAUCAAAUUAAAUGAGGUAAAGACUUCCUUGUACUUCACACAGACACACCUAGAGUUUUCAGUCCCAAAGCACAACAAGCACCAUCACUGAUUCCCUCACAUAAAUCCCCACAUCCAUACAUUACCUUCCUCGACUCGCAUAAAUCUUGUCUCGCUUGGUGACGUCACACAUAAGUAAUAUAAAGAUAAACCUUACUUAUUUAUAAUAAAUACAAAAAAUGACUAGUAUAAAACAAAAGCAAAAACAAACUUAAGUUGGCAAAACAUUUAGUUCUAGUUUUAGUGUAUUUGUAUUAUUUGUAUAAUAUAUAUAUAUAUAUAGGGUUAAGGAACGAACAGCCAAGCGGCGGACAUAAUUCGAUCGAUUGUAAAUAUUUAUAAAUAUAAACAUAUUCGACAAAUGGAACUCAUGAUGUACUCUACUAGCUAUACGACGACAUCAACAUGCAGCUUAUGGACAUCCAAACUAUGAUGACGAUGCAAUGAUACAUAACUGUAUGUAUAUUCUGUGACAGCUUCAUUCCCUUCGUGCAUUACAUGUUUAAGGACUUAUUAUCACAUAUGCAAUUUAUGUAAAAAAUGAGAAAAAUUAAU